AUGUCCUCUUCGUCCUCCGUGGGCAACAUCGCUCCCAACGACGGAUCGUCGUCGCCGCCUGCGUCGGCCAUCGUCGCGCAGGCCAUGUCCGGGUCGCACGUCGUCAAGAUAGACGGCUACUCCCGCACCAAGGGGCUUGGCAAUGGCAAAUACAUCAAGUCCGAGACUUUCACCAUCGGAUGCCAUCCCUGGUGUAUGCGCUACUACCCAGACGGCUGUGUGACUGAAGACGCAGAUUGGAUAUCCAUCUAUCUGCACUAUAGUACUGCUCCAACUAAUGCUGGUGAAGUCAAAGCAGAGUUCAAGAUUAGUUUGCUUGACCAUGACAGGCAACCAGUGGCAUUGUACAGCAGAUGCAGCCAAGGUUUUGGUUACCAGUCGAAAUUUCAAGAUUUCCCAUGGUUACCGCGUAUUUCCGUGCCCCUCGUCACCCUCGGUAAAAUUGCCUCAUUCGGUAACCAAAACCUUGGAUGCAGCAGCCAGCUACGCACAUUCUCCACGAAAGAUACAGGAUGGGGCUUUGGUCAAUUCAUCAAGAGAAAGGACUUGGAGGAAUCCCCUUACCUUAGGGAUGAUGUUUUCAGCAUCAGGUGCGAUGUCACCGUGUCAAAGGAGAUCUUCACUGAGCCAAUCCCACAGCACGUUGUGGUGCCACCGUCCAACAUGCACCAUCAUCUUGGACAACUACUCUUGGCCGGUGAGGCGGCCGAUGUUACUUUCGAGGUCGGCGAGGAGACAUUCGCUGCGCACAGGUGCAUACUCGCAGCUCGUUCACCGGUUUUCAAGGCGGAGCUCCUUGGCCCUAUGAAGGAGAAGACCGCAACUCGAGUGCUGAUCGACGACAUGGAAGCCAGGGUGUUCAAGGCGUUGCUCCAUUUCAUCUACACCGACUCGUUGCCCGCCAUGGACGAAGGCGGCGCGGCGGAGAUUGCUCAGCAUUUACUGGUGGCGGCUGACAGGUAUGAUAUGGAGAGGCUGAAGCUGAUCUGCGAGGGGAAGCUGUGCGAUCACAUCUGCAAAAGCACGGUGGCGACCACGCUGGCACUGGCUGAGCAGCACGGUUGCGGUGCUCUGAAGAAGGCAUGCUUCAAGUUCCUGAUGUCUCCGGGAAACCUGAAGGUGGUCAUGGAAUCUGAUGGAUAUGAGCACCUGAGGAGCAGUUGCCCGUCUGUUCUGGACGAACUAGUCGCAAAGCUUGCUCCAUGA